CAAAAGUCGAAACAAAUUUUUUUUGGAUUAUAGUCAAUAAUUUAUAUAUAUAAAUUAUAUUAAUAAAGCUAAAUGUCAGAGGUACGCCAGACCGUUCUAAAAAAUGAUGCAAAUACACGCCAAACUGUAAAUUCUAAUAAAGCAUCAGGAGAUGUAGCCACAAAAAAGAAAUCUUCAAAUCAAAAAUGCAAAAACAGUUUACCCAAAAGUCUACGUUACGAUUUGGAAAAUGCUUUAGUUGGGUUGUGUGACGUAUGGUUUGAAGAGAUAAAACCGUACUUGGUGCGUAACAACAUCAAGGUGCACGGCGAUGUCGGCGGAGGAGAUCUGAAACGUUCAUCUGCUUCACCAGAUUGCAAUCACACCGAUCCAGGUAGAUUUAAUCAUCAUCGGCGACGGAAUGCAAGUUAUGUAGACUCCUCUUCAAUGCGGCUAACAGCAUCGAAAGUGCCGUAUCCCAAGCAUCCAAUGCAACCGCUCCCUGUUGUGCUUACAGAGAACCAAUCACUACCGAUUCAAGGAUAUAACUGGGAAAAAGAGACAGUACGAAAACCGCGCAAACGGCGAAAGUGCCAAGUGCAAACACAACCUAGACCACUCAUACCACGCCUCUGCCGUACCUGGCAACAAUGUACAGAAGCAAUUUGCCCUACUAUAGAACCUGUGAUAAAAAUACCUAUACAUUCGAAGAAUAAGCAGUUUUUGCAAUCAAAUAUUUAUCACAAACCAAAGAAGAUUCAAACCACGGAUGUAUCAACGCAAACUGAUGAACCUUUGAAAUAUACAAGUAACUAUAAAGAAACAACAAAAAACACUACGUCUUUGAAGACUACGCGAUGUCCUUCAAAUACGACUUUUUUAAUUCCAAAUAUUAAACAUGUCAAUGAAGGCCCUUUGUUUAAAGAUGAUCUUGUUGACAUAAUAGCUGAAAGGCAUGAUAAAAUACUCAAGGUAUUGUAUACAAGUCCAAGAAGACAAGAAAAGCCUUCUGUCAUGAAUUUAUUUUCGCCGUCUGAAAGUCACCGUAAGAAAAUUCGCAAACAGCAAAGAAUACCCCCGUGGAAAUAAUGUCUUGAAAGACUUACUGAUAAAUAUAAUAAUUUAUAUUGAUACAAAUAUCUGUGUGUUUGUCAUAGUUCACAUACAUAAAUAGGUAAAUGAAUAAUAAUCUCUAACCAUGAAUCUAUUGUCAAUGUAGGUUAUAUUAGAAGUUUGUUAUUAAAUAUAUUUUUUGUUUUAAAACUUUU